AGAAAAUUGAAAAAAAUUACCCAAAAUGGCAUCUCAAAAGCCUCUCAUCGAAGUAAUUGUGUCAGAAGUUGCUUUGGAUGGCUUUGAAGGCAUCACAUUUAUCGAUCUUUGUCAGCGAAUUUCCAAAAGACAAUCCCUUUCAAAUCCUCUUCCAACGAAGAUUCGUGACACAAUUUGGUCCUUCGUGCUAAAAUAUCCCGAAUUUCGCUUCUAUAUCCUUCCAACUCCCCGUCAAAUCCUCACAAUUUACGAUCGUGCGACGUUAGAUGCUCUGUCUCACACAAAAAUCGAAAAGGAUCAAGCCACGGGAGUUGUUAAAUACAAAUAUAAUCCCCUUGACAUUGAAGGAGAACGAGGUUCAUGUGAACAUUAUGACACGCGAGUUGAAAUUCAAGCGUCAGAACUUGCGGAAAUGACUGUCGAUGUGAUGGUUGAACGGUAUGGACAAGCUUUGGUUAUUGUAGCAUCGCAAAAACAACGAAAUAAAGUCCUUGGAUUGUUAAAUGAUGACUUGAACUUGCAGCAAUAUUGCAUUUUGGAACGUAUUGGGAGAAGUCGAGAGCUUGGAGAGUUUUCUGCGGGUCCGGGAACGUUACAGGAUAUCUUGAAUACGGAGAAAAAGGUUGCUGGCGGUUAUGUGAUGAAACGCUUAAUAAGUCGAAAUCUCAUCACAAAACAAGAAUACCGCUUGGAACGUGAAAAUAUCACAAAAUUCAUCUACCAUCUUCCCCAAUUUUACUCCGAGAUGAAGUCCCGAGUUCAUCUUCUCAUGGAAAAUGCGAUAAAUUUCCUGAAAAAUUGCCCCAACGGCAUGGGAGAAAUUCGAGAAGUACGUGCCGCGCUCAUGUGUGACCCAAAUCAAGCGAUUCGAGCAAUGAAACAUCCCGAUUUUCGUGAAGUUACGGUCCGAGAAGACUUACCAUAUCGUCAAGUGUAUCCAGAUGCCCCGCGCGAAAAAUGGCAAUGCAAAAAUCACACCGAACGCCUUUUGAACAUGAUCCGUUUGAAAGAUCCGAGCAUCGAAGUGUACAAUUUAUUCACGCGAAAGACGACAAAUGACGUCUCCGAGCAGAACGAAGACGAGGAUGGGCGCCAAUUGAUGGAUGUCGGUAACCAAAUUCAUGAUUUAUCGCUUUUGCGGCAACUUUACCGAUAUUUGGAUGAAAAAGGUGUCGAUGGCGCGAAACAAAUUGAUGUUCAACGGUUUUUUGGCUUGUCGAGACUUAAUGGGCGAGCAAUUAUGCGAGUUUUUGAACGGCAUGCCCUCACGGAUACGUUUAUGGUUGACGAAGGACGUCAACGCGUGAAAAAAUGGUAUCUGAAAAAGUACAAGGAACAGCGAGAUGCGAUGAAAAAUUGUCCCGAAAUCUUACCUGUGCCGCAAUCGCAAGAAAAUUCUUCGCAAAACUCAAUUUCAACGACAGAAACGAAGCCUCAGGAGAACGAAGACGAAGUUUUGCUGAAUGUAACCGACAAUAUCGUCGGAUUCGAGUCGUCGGGCGUCGACACAAGCUCCGUAGAUGCUACUUUGACGUUCAUGAAAGUUUGUCCGGGCAUGAAACUCGAAGCGCCGGGCAUCAGAAGUCUCUUGAGUGCCAAAAAUUUAACGCAUCGCGUGCUUCGUCGAUGUCAAGUGAUACUAAAACUUCUCGGAUUACGCAAAGUUGUCAGCUCAACAAUCCUCAAUAUGGCGAUUCGUGCGUCAGAGACUCGUUGGGGGUACACGGAUCAGUGCGACAAGAAAAGUUGCAUGAGAUUGCUUAAUCGACUCGCGGCGGAUGAUUAUUUGAACAUUAUGGAGUUGCGGAUGACGAUUAAGGACAAGGAGAUCACAUAUCUUUUUGCUGUUGCUUUAAAUUUGGAGCCUGACAGCGAAGAAGUGCGCGUUGUGGUCGAUUCGUACAAAGCGAAGCAAAUUAUGAAGCGCGUUUACGAAGAAGAAGGCGUCAAGGAAGAGAAAAAACUCGCUCGAAGCAAUAAUGAGGGCUUAACUUUGGAUAAAGAAGCGAAAAAAGGCCUUCAAGAGUUCACAAUGGCGCCGAAAUUCAUCAGAAUGCGAAAUUUACACGAAUUUUUGUUCUAUUUCAUGUACGGACAGAACCCAGAAAAGGCUCAACCACUCGAUGCGAGUCAAGUUGUCAAAGGUUGGCACGGAAUUCAUCCCGACACGGAUUUUAAUGCGUUGGAUUUGCCGCCAAUUUAUUCCAAAGAGCUCGAUUGGCGCACUUUUGUCGCCCCAAACAAGGGAGAACGUGCCGGAUGGGGCAUUUUGGGAGAAAUUGUACUAAAAAUGCCCCUUUCUCUCGUCUUUACGUUGAUAAAUUUCGACUUGCGACAUCCCGAAUUGCAACAAAUGCUCCUGCAUCCCGUUAAACGCUUUUAUACUGUCGCUCAAGCCCCUCAAAGUAUCCGCGCUGUUCUCACCUACCAUCGUUUAUACUCCUAUUCGAUCUAUUCCAACGCCGUAAACUUGGCUUAUAUCGGCGCCUUGCAAUUCGGGAUGCGACGAUCUCCCGAAAAAGAUCAAGUUUACAUCUACGUCAAUAGAAAUGUUUCCGUUUUCGAUACGCGCAGCUCCGAGCCGAGUUAUCACAAAGUCGAAGAAGACAAGGAAUAUCCACAAAGAGUCUUUUAUCUCAAAACGCUGGAUGAUCUCGAGAAAUAUUGGUCCGAUAUUUAUGUGAUAGCGCACGGAACAAAGUUGAAUCAUCGUCUUGCGUCGGCAGGACAAGAAGUUUUGAUCGAACAACCGAGUGCGAAAGCAGAGCUGCAAAGAUGCACGGAAGCCCGAUCGUGGGAAGAAGCAGUCAAUUUGGAUGACGGAAGUAUUCCGGGAGACCAUUUGGGAGCGGCGGGCUUUGAUUCGGCACUUUUUACGCACAUUAAGCAGAAUUGGAUGAAGGGAAGAUCGUCAAAGUCGGUUAAUACGAAGUUGCUGUUGAGUGCGGGAAAGAAGAAAAGAAGCAUCCACAAAUACAACCAAGUAUCCGCUGCCGAAGCUGCUUCCAAACGCAAAGCAAUGAUCGCUCUCCGUAAAGUUGGUUCAAUCAAACGCCGCGGCAUCAAAUCCGAAUCGAAGCUUCGUCGAAUUCCUCUAAAAAUGAAUCAAGGCAAACGAAUUCGGAUGCCUCAUUACGACGAAGUCGACAAAACUGCCUUGAAACUCAUGAACAAACUCCGUGUCGAUUGGAAAGAAGAAGAAGAUCAAACUUUGUUGACGUGCAAACUCGCCUUGCUUUACAUGAGUCCUCCUGUUGGUUGCGGAGCUUCUUUCCAAGCGAUUCGCGACAUUUUGCAUUUUAAACACGCGUCGUCGAUAAAUAAAACGACAAAAGCUUGUCAACGGCGAUUGAUGUACAUUUUGAAGUUGAACACAGAUACUCGGAGCAUGUUGAAUUUCGACGUGGAAGAGUUGAAACAAAAUCGAGACAUUGAAAAACGGUUCGGGGAGAAUUUUUUGCAGAAUUUACGGCAAGUUUUCCCGUCUGAACAGGAUUUUAAUGUCGCCAUGAAGAUCCAUUUUGUGACGUUGAUCUAUUUGUUGGACAAUUGUUACAAGAAUUUAGCGACAAAUCAGUUUCAGUUCAAGAAUAUCGUCUUGCCAGACACCAUUGAGGAGUUUCAAGAGCAAUUUAACAUGUCGCGAAUCAAUAAAUUGUUGUAUGUUCAGGACCCGACAACGGUUGAAGGGGUGCAAACGAUGAUGGUUGAUGCUGUGAUCCAUAGUUCGAUGUGUUGUACCAAAGAUAAAACGACAUGGAAUUUCCAACUUUUUGAUAUUUACAAAAAUUAUUCGGAUGAACUCUUGCGAACGAGCAUCAAAGAGCUCCGAGCGAGAAGUGUGAUCUCCGCCAACAAGUCUGUCAUGACAAAACGCUUGUUCACAAGUCCCGUUUCCGGAUGCCCCUUCCAUCUUUCACAGACUUAUUUGAACCAAAUUACCACAAAAUUCUCCUAUGACUCGUUUUCGGAGGCAUUCGCGCGUCUCCUUGACAUGAGCGACGUCAUUUCUCGUGGAUUUUACAACUUCAAGUCCUUCGACAUCGGCAGUACGUUACUUUUUGCGGAUCUUUGCAACAGAAAUCUCAUGACAGUCAACAUCGAACUCCCGAAAUUCGUGAUGCAAGUCGAAAAAAAUUUGCCUGUCGAGAAUUCGGCAAGUUACGAACGAGCUAAGAACAAAUUUUACGGGAUUUUGGAGCAUUUUCAGAUGAACGACGAAGGAAAAAUGCGGUCAGAAGACUCGGAUGAGGAGAAUUUGGACACAAAAAUUGAAGAGAAAGAACAAAAACGACGCUUGGACUUUAAAGAAACCGAAAUUUACAAUUAUGCCCAAAGUCCUGUUGAAAAAUUGCUGAAACUUGACAACAUUUACUUCCAUUUCUUCUGUUUAUUGAAGUCCUUGAAGCAAAAAUCGCCCUUGAUGUCGCAGAAUUUUCAUGCAGAAGAGAAAUGUUCCUUGUCAGAGUGUAUUUUAAGUGAAGCAGAUCCAAUUGACGCCUGUAUUCGCAUUGCGGCGCAGUGUAAGGAUAUCAUAAAAGGUCUCCUGAGUGCUCAAAAGAAAGGAAAUUCCGCGAAAAUUGAGUCAAAUACCAAAAAUUAUCAAAUUAGAGAAGAAAAUUUACAAAAUUUCUUCGAAAAUUUCACGCAAAAUCAUCGAUCGCAGGAAAAAUCGAAACUUUUAAAGAUAAUCGGCAAAGAAAAAGUUGCCAAUAAAGGUCCAAAUAUGCUCGAAUUAGCGAAUGACUUGAAUUUACAGGCUGAAACGAAGUUACAUUUCUGGAUAAAGUUGAUUGAUAACACGUCAAAGGCGAAAUUAAGAGAUCAAACAGCGGAAUUUGCAUCGUCGCAGUCGAUUGUGUCAGCGAAGAAGAGUAAAAAAGACGUCCCGCAAGAUAAUGUGCAUCGAUAUCACGAUUUGUUCAAUGUUAACAUCGGAAAAUUGGCGGUUGGAGUGAAAAAUGAUGCGAGUAAAGUCAUGGUAGAGUUUGAAAAUGUUCAAACGCCGGAAUGUUUGAUGUUGCUGAAAAAGGAAAGGAAGGAAGAUGUCGUUAAAAAGAUCAAAAGCUCCGCAAUAUGGCCCAUCCACAUAAGAAACAUAACUGAACUCAGAAAGACCCUAAGAGCUCAUAAACUUGUUGAUCACGAACGAAAAUUAGCAGAAAAUGUGCUUGAACAGAUCAAAGAUGGCGGAGAAGUAGGCGUUAAAGCAACUUCUUUAGCAAUUAUCUUUCAAAAAACUCCUCACGAUCUCCUUCAAAAAGUCAUCAACGCUCUCGUUGCUGCUGAUUUUGUGCUCCGUACAGGCAUCCGAACCAUCACGUACGUGCAUUGGAGUUGUGCGAAUGCUUGGCUCGUCAAAAGUUACAACCUGAAAAGGCUCGAACGAGAAUCUUUGCCUUUGGAAUCUCUCACAAACAGUUUUCCAAGCACUUCUGAAGCUUCAAAUGCCGCAGGAAAGCGUUUGCGUGACGACGACGACGAAUUUCUCGAAGGUCCGCAUCUCAAAAGACAUCGUGCUGACUACCCCGAAGCUGAACAUGUCUCGGAUUUCGUUGAUCGCGAAAAUAUUUUCCUCAUUCCGAUGCCUUGGAUUCGCAUUAACGGCACUUUGAAUCGUCGAACGCUCGAUAAAUGGAUGGGAACAGUCCUUUUGCACGUUUUGCAGUUUCCGGGACAGUAUUUGAAGGAUAUUUUCAACAGAUUUAGCAUUUUAACGCCCGUUCAAGUGAGAAAAUUAUUGGAAUUUCUCGUUGAUUUGGAUUGUCUUUCGUUGCACGUGAAAACGGGACCAAAAGUAAAUUUGUUCAGCGAUUUCGAAACAAAUGACUUCACAAUUCGAGAUGCCACAGACUUUGAUAGUGAACACGAAGUUUUUGCCCAAUGCAAACCCGAAGCAUUCACAAAAUUCGCUUUUUUCAUCGGAAAUAAAAAAUAUUCGUCGGAUUUCAUUUAAAAUUAAACAAAAA